AGUGCUCAUUCAUUUCUUGCUGCGAGUUGUUAUUAGCCUGCAAAAUAUUACUCCCUCGUUAAAUAUCGCUUAUUGUUAUUCAACUAAUACAUUGUUUAUCAUACAGAAGUACUUGAGCAACCCGACUACGUUCACAGCUUUUUUCUUCUUCUUCGUCGUUUUUAUUAAACAGCCCCAUCUGUCAAAAAAGAGCUAGCCAGUUAGCUUGUAGCUAAGUUAGCCCUUGUUAAACAGGUGGACGAGCUGGUGAACGCUUACAGUUUUAAUGUUAAAAAGUUAACUUUAGGACAAGAAUCGCUAAUGGCAGCUCGGCAGCCUUACAUAGACUCGGACACUUCUGAUGAAGCAGUGAGGGCGACCUGUGACGAUGCAACCAUCUGCAAAAGGUUUGCUUCCAGUAAAAGCUACUGGAAGGAUCCUUAUAUACAGUAUUUUGUAAGAUCUGUAGGGGAGCGGAAGGCACCUGAAAUCAACAGAGGUUACUAUGCCCGUGUUCAGGGAGUGAACCAUCUCCUGGACGCGUUCCUCAGGAAGACGCAGUGCGACUGUCAGGUGAUCAACCUGGGAGCCGGGCUGGACACCACCUUCUGGAGACUCAAGGAUGAAAACCUCAUGCCACGGAAAUUCUUUGAAGUUGACUUUCCAACAGUUGUGGCCAGAAAAAUACACAAUAUCAAGACGAAGCCACCCCUGUCAAAACCCCUCAUCGAAACCCACUCAACAGACUCCUUACUACUAGACGCCCACAGCCUGGACUCAGACCGGUACUGUAUCAUUGGAGCUGACCUCAGAGACAUCUCUAGUCUGGAUGAGAAACUGAAGAAGUUCCAGCUUAAUCCAGAAUUACCCACAUUGCUGCUGUCGGAGUGUGUGCUCGUCUACAUGACGCCCUCGCAGUCCUCCAAUGUCGUUCACUGGGCUGCAGAGACCUUCCCCACCGCCAUGUUCGUCAACUACGAACAGGUGAACAUGAGCGAUCGAUUCGGCCAGGUGAUGAUCGAGAACCUGCAGCGUCGCCAGUGCAACCUCGCAGGAGUCGAGGCCUGUCAGUCUCUGGACACCCAGAGGGAGCGGUUUCUUAAGACCGGCUGGGAGCAGUCUGAUGCUCUGGACAUGAUGACGGUCUACAGUAUGCUGCCCCAGGACGAUGUGGCAAGAAUUGAGCGUCUUGAGUUCCUGGAUGAGCGUGAGCUGUUGCAACAACUUCUUCAACACUACAGCAUCUGCUGGGCCACCAAGGACAAACUCAAACUGGGUCUGUCACAGUUGGCAUUUUGAGUGUUAAACGGCUCCUCUGUUGAACAUGCUCUACAUGUGUGUGCGCCAAAAUCAACAAGUGGAGAAGAAGUACGGUGGUUGACACUGGGAAACAGGAAGUACGAUUUAUCUCGAUCAAGCCCUCACCUUGGAGCUGUUCCGGUGCAAAAACUCCCGCCAUCAGCAGAAUGUGAUUUGUUGAAUGUCCUUUUAAGUGUCAGAAAAUAAGAGAAGGAUCCGCCUGAGAACCGUGAAGACGUUUGUGUCUCUACUGUAAAAUAGGUCAGGUUUGUUUUAUUCAUUUGUUUACAGGCAGAUUUUGUCUGUGAUUGAGCACAUAUAGAAAUAGGAUUUCAAACCCUGCUCACAUGAGUUGAAAAUGAAUGAAAAUAUGUUUUCAGAUGUCAUUUAUUUGUCCUUUUCUGUUUUUCCAUGUGCCAUUUUAGUUUUAUUUAUUCAUCAAUUCUACUUCCAGGAUCAUUUCAAUACAAUACAUGCAUGCUAAUACUGUAGUUAAUUGACAUUUUUCCCGCAUUAUUUGUUCUAUUCUUGCGCCUUGUUUCAAGCAGAAAAAAGGACAUGAGGGAUUAGUUUGUGAUAGUUUCUGAUGAAAGCUGGUUAAGUGCAGUUGAAUAAAAAAAAGCCUUUUUGUGUAA